AUGCAGAUCUCAAAGAUUGUCUCUGUUGCGGGCCUUAUCAUGGGCGCCGCCGCCAGGCUCCACAGUGCCGCCGUCUGCGUUCAGAACCGCUCGUACGGCAGCACCGGCAACGGAACCCCCUACGGCCUCAGCUACGGUAGCUUCACCGACUACGAGAUCGACACUAGCGCCACCCAGUGCGCCUGCGGCUACUACAGGAACCGCAACACCGGCAACAACCAGUGGGACCACUGCCCCGACUGCGCCUUUGACGGCAUCCAGUGCGUGUCCAACGCUUGGCACAUUGGUGGAGACGAGAUGGAAUACUACUGUUCGCACAAGUGCGGCGCUCAGGGUUCGGAGGCCAACUAG